AUGGGGUUGUCCGUCCUCGAGGAGCAGCACAAUGCCAUCGAGCUCAUCGAAGCUCGUCGCGAGCCCAACCCCGAGAUGGACGCCAUCUACCUCCUCUCCCCCGAACCGCACAUUGUCGAAUGCCUCUUGGCCGACUUCCAGGUCCGGCGCUACCGAAGAGGAUUUCUGGUAUGGACGAACCUGCUGGACCCGGCGCUGCGAAGAAAAAUCGACGAGUUUCCCGGCGUGCGUCAGCUGCGCGCGAGUUCUCGGACGCUCUUUGUCGACUUUUACCCUCGAGAAACCCACUUGGUGACGUUUCGAGACCCCUGGAGCUUCCCGAUGCUCUAUCACCCGGCGUGUAAUGCUCUCGUCCCGAAGCAUAUGCAGCUCCUUGCGCAAAGAAUUGCGGGAAUAUGCAUUACUCUAGGAGAGUAUCCAAAGGUAAGAUACUACCGGCCGAAGAAUGCCAUUCACGAGGCUUCCGUCUUGUGCACACACCUGGCGAGAUUCGUACAAGAAGAACUAGACGGCUAUGCCCAAUGGGACUCCAACUUCCCGCCUCCAUCAACCAGGCCACAGUCAACCCUGCUUAUUACAGACCGAUCGAUGGACCUGAUGGCACCGCUGGUACACGAAUUCACCUACCAAGCCAUGGCGCACGAUCUGCUCCCCAUCAAGGACGGCGACAAGGUUACUUUUCAUACGACGAUCAACGAAGGAACGCCUGAUGCACAGGAGAAGGAUAUGGAGCUGGCCGAAAAGGACAAGAUUUGGGUCGAAAACCGCCAUCGUCACAUGAAGGACACAAUCGACAAGCUCAUGGGUGAUUUCCAGAGGUUUUUGGACCAGAAUCCCCAUUUCACAAAGGAAAAUCCCGAUACGACGAGUCUGAGCGCCAUUCGAGACAUGAUGGCUGGGUUGCCCCAGUUCCAGGAGAUGAAGGAAGCCUAUUCUUUACAUCUCACCAUGGCCCAGGAGUGCAUGAAUAUUUUCCAGCAUCAUAAAUUGUCUGACACUGCAGCGAUUGAGCAGACCCUGGCCACAGGACUGGAUGAGGAUUACAAGAAGCCGAAAAAUAUCCUGGAUUCAGUAGCUCGAUUGUUGGAUGACGAUGCGGUAUCUCCUGGAGACCGGCUCCGACUAAUUACGCUAUAUGCGUUAUACCGUGACGGCAUGAUUUUGGAUGAUAUCAAAAAAUUGCUCGCGCACUCAGGUCUGCCCAUUCAAGACACGGAAACUCUUAUCAAUCUUGAACACAUUGGAGCGAGACCCAUCAAACAGUUAAAGGAACAACGGCAGGCAAUUCCUCCACUUUUCCCCCCUGAUAAUAAGAAUUCGCAAGAAGAGGACGAUUACACUCUUUCCCGUUUUGAGCCCGUUCUAAAACAGGUCCUGGACGGACUGACUAAAGGAACUCUGGAUCAAACCCUUUUCCCGUACGUCAAGCCACCACUGGAUCCCAACGAAGACAUUGUUGCGGCUCAAGCAGGAUCUCUUCGUGCUGCUGGACGACCAAACUGGGCAGCGGCAGGUCGACGACCACCCGAAAAUCGCCAGAGACUGAUUAUCUUCAUGGCUGGCGGCGCUACAUACAGCGAAAGCAGGACAUGCUACGAAGUUGGCAACGAGCGAAGCCGUGACAUUAUUCUGGCGACUUCACACAUGCUCACCCCCCAGCUCUUCCUUCGCCAAGUUGGAGAUCUGAGCCGCGACAAACGACAGUUGGAUCUUCCCAUUGAGCGCAAGAAACAUGCACCCGCACAUCUCUUCGAGCGUCCAGCGCCGCCACCUCAGCCUGUCCAGGCCCGACCACCGCAACAACAGCCCAUGGCUCCCGGAGCACCUCGACCUGGUGCUGCUCCGCAUCAACAGAUGGCUCGCCCAGGUGGUCUCCCGAGUCGGCCAACUCCUAGUGGUGCUUCCAGCGCCGGCUCCGUGCCAACACAAGCCAUGGCGAACAUGCACAUCAACUCAAGCGGACACAGGCCUACGACCUCGAACAGCUCAUACGACGACGGAAAAGCACACAAGGAGAAGAAGAAGAGGAAUUUCUUGGGCCUAAAGAAAUAGGGUUCUUUUCGAGAGAGGUCUUUUUCUUCCAGCUCCACGGCGUCAGGCGGCGGGAACAAGAUCAAGAAGCUGCAAGCUUGAAUUUAUCUUUUGAGAAAGAAAGGUAUCUAUUUAUUGAUGGCAGAAGAAUACUUGUUUUUCAUUUUCACUACGAGGAGACGUCUUUUUUUGUACUCGUAUUUUUCUUUUCUUUUCUUUUCUUUUUUCCUUUUUUGUCCAAAACUUUUGGGUACUACAUUUUUCUGUUUCCCUAAAAGCGUGGCGUGGAGAAUUGAGAUUGAGCGAUAGUGUUAUUUGUGGGGGGGCGAAUGAAUGAAUCCAUGUAUGGCUGAGAUGUCUUAAUAUUCAUGAGGCGAAGUGAGAGGUAGUAGAAGCACUAUAAUUCUUAUUUUUCUUCUUCUUCUUAAGGUAUACGGUGGUGGAGGUAAUAAAUUGCAUUGUCUU